CUGUUGCUUAAUUUGCACAGUGGUCACAAAGGAGCAUACUUAUAAAUUCUACUUUUUUUGGCAGUGUGAGUGCUAAUGAGAGAGAAGUUCAUCACACUGCAUUAGCUUUUGGCAAAGCUUAAAAGAUGCUGCGUUUUUUUCUUUUCCUGCUCUUUUUUGGCCAGGUUGUUCAGGGCCUAAGAAUCUGCUCUUUCAACGUGAGAUCAUUUGGAGAAUCUAAGAGAAAAAACCCAGAAAUCAUAGAGGUUAUUAUAGAGAUUAUAUCUCGUUGUGAUAUCAUGCUACUAAUGGAAAUAAAGGACAAUAGGAACAGAAUAUGCCCCUUUCUGUUAGAGAAACUAAAUGGACGGUCAGAAGGAACAUACAGUUAUGUGGUCAGUAACAGGUUAGGAAGAAGGCAUUACAAGGAGCAAUAUGCAUUUUUCUACAGAUCGGAAAGCGUCUGUGUGAAGCAAAUCUAUCAGUAUCCUGAUCUGCAGCCCGGUGAUGAAGAUGCCUUUUCCAGAGAACCUUUUGUUGUUUGGUUCAACUCUCCAAGAACAGAGGUCAAAGAAUUUGUGAUCAUCCCAAUACACACAACGCCUGAAAUGGCUGUGCGAGAAAUCGAUGAACUCUAUGAUGUGUUUCUGGAUGUCAAGUUACGCUGGAAGACUAAGAAUUUCGUAUUUAUGGGAGACUUCAAUGCUGGCUGUGGCUAUGUGGCAAAGAAGCAGUGGAAAAAUAUCCGAUUACGAAAUCACACUGACUUUGUUUGGAUAAUUGAUGAUAAAAACGACACAACUGUGAAAUCAACAACACACUGCCCCUAUGACAGGAUUGUGCUCCAUGGAGAGACACUUAUAAAUGCCGCCAUCUUGGGCUCAGCCAAUAUCUUUGAUUUUCAGAGUGCCUUCUCCAUGACUGAAGAACAGGCCUUAGCAGUGAGCGAUCACUUCCCAGUAGAAUUCCAGCUGAGAACAACCAGACGGUCCUCGGGCAGAACAGCCAGAUAUUGCAGAACUCGUGUAUAAUAAAACCAGUGAAAUGUCGUUCUAGUCAAACUUAAAACACGCAAACACAAAAAUGUAUGAAAAGAAAAGAGCUGAUUUUUUGGGGUCAUUUUUAUGGGCAGUUUGCUAUACAAGAUAUAUUUAAUCAAAAAAAUGCAAAGCCCAUAUCUUUAUGCUAUUCAAAUAUUCAAGAUUAAUGAAAUGCUGCUUGUUCAUAAAAUAAACAAGCUAAAAUAAUUUGAAUGUCUUAGUCUCUAUCCUGUGGAUUAUUUGGUGAAAGAAUUUGUUCAGGAUUGUUCCAUAUCUAACCUUAUAAACAUAGACAUUUAAAUAGACAGAACCGAUUUGUUUGUAUUUUCUUUUUUGCAAAGUUCAAAUUCUGCAGACACAUAGCCAGUUUGAAGUCAGAGAAAGGUGGGUUUCAGACUGAAUGCCAAAAGUCAUCUUCAUAAACUCCUUUGUACUGAGAUAGUGGCUUGGGUCAUACAUUGCUAAGACACAGUCUGGAGUUCGUGGCUCAAAAUGUAUGAACCAAGCCAAUGUGAUCCAUCUCCAGAUAAUUAUUGAAAUAAAUUAUGGCUUUAGAUAUCCUUGAGCUCCAGAAAUUUUUGAACGCAAGCUGUUCUUGAAUUCCUCCAGGUGCUUUUCCCUACAAAUGUUAUUUCAUAGUAAUGUAUGUUGAUGGUCUUUGGGCAAGUAAGACAUGAAAGAUGAUAACAAGUAAAGAUGGAUAAGCCUGCCAAAGACUAUUAUGUUGUAUUGGAUUUUAUCUCAUGGUUUGACUAUACUUUGAUGUGUAGGAUUUAAUUUCUUUGUGGUACUAUAGUAACAUACUAGAGACCAUGUUGUUUAAAACCUGAUAACAGUGAGUGUUCAUAUUAGAGCAAAUAAUUACACAAGGCUUUUGUUUGUUUGCUAAGCAAACAAGAAAUCUCUUUCCAAACUGUGUACAUAACCAUACAAUUGGUGGGAGCUAUGCAAGUGUUGAAACUAGCCACUUAUAAAGUGUGUUCAUCCACAACAAUAUAAUGGGCAGAAGGAAUCACUUAGAGGAACAGAAGGAAAGAUUCACUACCAAGACAACAGUCAGAUAGAAGAAACCCGAAUUGGGGGUUUGUGAACUUGACAAAAUUUUCUAAACAAAACCCUCCCUAGUUCUCAUGAAGAUAAAAGGGGAAGUAAUUCAGACUUGCAAAAGUCUGCUCCAUAACCUUAUAAUAAAAAUAGUAUUUGUUGGGUAUUAAGGCUUCACUCCAGUCCGCUAUUCAAAUGGGAAGAGAGAUUCAUCCUGAUUGGCUGGCCGUCUGACAGCUGACUAUAAAAGGGGCUGUCAGUCGGAGAAUCAUCUGUUGCUGAGCUGUCACUGUUAGCCAAGCUGUUAGAAUUAAAUAAAGAGUUAGCUAAACAUUAUUUCUUUUCUUUUUUUUAUUAAACAAAUCUUACAUCAUUAA